AUGCUCCUCUACAUCCCUCCCUCAGGUCUGCUUCGGUCGCACAUAAACUUCGCGAGAAGUCGCAUCUUCGACAAGGAGGACGACAACUACUUGAUCCCGGUCGACUACGAGCAGGCCUAUCGCGACAACAGUUCCGUUUUGCACGAAGGCGGUAUGCACUGCCCUCCUAACUGGGUCUUCCAUGAGUUUAAUUGCUUCUACUACUUUGGGGCUCCCCUCACGUUCCAGGAGGCGAGGGACUUCUGUCACACCGAGAUCGGCGCAUCCCUGGCAAGUAAGCAUGCCAGCUUUUGGACUUUUGCAGCGCAAUCUUGCGAUCUCCAGUCUGGCCAGUAUAGCAGAAAAAAGUAUAGUACAGUAUAG